ACUAAGAGCCAGGUGAGGGGGGCAAGGGCUCGGAUCCUAGGAGACAUAAAUGAGUGACAGUCAUUAUACAGAUCAAAACUCGUCGUUUCUACAGUAUCAAAGAUCUCGAGGCAGCAUCAGCAGGUAGCAUAGAUUGAUCUGAUCAUAAUAAAGGAGACCUUCGCAUCUGCUUAGUUGAGUAUUAUUGUUUAACUAUCCAUCCAUCCAUCUAUUCCACCAUGAAGAGCUUUGGGAAAGUAGGCGAGAACUUUGGAAAAGUGGGGGAGAACCUUGGCAAGGUCCCUGAGAACUUUGUGAAGGGCUUGACCAAGUUGAAUCCGUUGACGGUGUUGCCCGGGAUGCCGACAUGGAAUGACAUGACGGGCAGCCAUGAAGAAGACGCUGGUGGUGAUGGCUCUACAAGCACAGAAGACAAACCCCGCGGCGCCAACAAGUUUCGCAUGCGCAACAUUUUUGCGGCUCCCUUGGAAUUUACCAAGGAAUCGUUGGAGGGCGUUUGGAAAGCCGCCGCCAUUACCAAGAGUGGGGAACAAACCGAGUUUUUGCAGGCGGCAUUUGCAGAGCAUUUUGUCUUUGCCAAUAUGAGCAGCCGCGAAUCCAAAUUCUUGAUUUCUAUGAUGGCGCUCAAGAAAUGCCAUAAAGGCGAAACCAUUAUUGAACAAGGUCAACGCGGUGAAUACUUGUACGUCCUUCAAGAAGGCGCCGUUCAGUUUGUCAUUGAUGGUGUAGCACGAGAACAAUUGGGUGAAAAAGGAACCGUUUUUGGAGAACUCAGUUUGCUCUACGAUUGUCCCACGGCCGCAUCCGUCAUUGCUCACUCGGAUUGCCAUCUGUGGCGCGUGUCACAGCUUACGUUUCGACGCAUCAAAGCCGCCCAUGCCCUCGAAGGAGACAAGGAAAAACGAGAUGUUAUUACGUCCGUCAGUUUCUUCAAGGGAUUGUCCAACGAUUUGAUUUACAAGCUGGCCGACAGUUUGUUCGAACGCAAAUUUAAAAAGGAUGAAAUACUGGUCAUCAAAGGAUCCGAGGCAAACACCAUGUUCAUGGUCAAGGAAGGCUGGAUACGGGCCACCGAUAUCAGUACCAAAGAGACCAAAUUGGCCGACAUUAAAAUGCAACCCGGAGACCAUUUUGGAGAACGAGCCAUGGUCAAGGGCACACCGUACGCUGGAACAGCCGUGGCGUUGACGGAUGGAUCCGCCUGGUGUCUGUCCAAAAAACACUACAAACGUGCCCUGGGCAAUCUCGAUUUGGAGCAAUCGAUUGUGCGGGCUCAAGAUUUUAAAAUGUUGCAAGCCCUGCCUCUUUUCGCCUACAGCGAUAUUGACCGCGUCGAAACGGAGCUGUUGGCCGAAAAUAUCGUCGACUGUCAACACGCCAAAGGACACGUGUUUGCCAAUCAGGGACAAAAAGUCGAUCCGGCCCUUUACAUUAUUCGAAAGGGUUCUGUGAACAUGACCAAAAAAAGCGGAGAAAACGUGACCCUUUCGAUGGGAGAGUCCUUUGGGUUUGGUGGUGCCACGUUGAUUUUGACCAACAAACUUAUGCAAGAGUCCCCGGAAGGCGUCCAAGCCUGGCUGCACCAGAAAAAACUCUUUUCUUGCCAAAAAGCCAUCAACGACAACAGUGUAGGGGCCGAUUAUACCGCCAUUGCCACGGAAGACGUCACCGUCGGAAUGAUCACCCUGAAACAAAUCACAAAGAUCCUGUACGAUCCUUUGCGGGUCGGUCGCAGGGUCGGUGCAACGCCCAAGUCAAACAUCAAUAUGCAGCAACUGGAACGGCGCAAGGUAUUGGGUGCCGGGACCUUUGGAACGGUUUGGUUGACCCGGCAUCCGGCCACCGAUACGCCCUACGCGCUCAAGGUACAAUACAAACGACAACUCAUUGAUUUUAAUCAAGCCAAGGGUGUCAUUCGCGAAGAAAAAAUCAUGUCGCGUAUGCACCAUCCCUUUGUCAUGAGCAUUGUCAGCAGCCAACAAGACGAACAGUGUCUCUACAUGGUCAUGGACCUCUUGCAGGGAGGAGAACUCGGCAGUGUGAUGCAUACCCGCAAACGAAAGCAUUUGGCAGAGGGCAGUGCUCGGUUCUACGGCGCGGGAGUCUUGGAAGGACUCAGUUACAUGCAUCGUCGAUUCUACAUCUACAGAGAUCUAAAGGGAGAGAACGUGUUGUUGGACAACGAUGGAUACGCCGUCAUUGUUGAUCUUGGAUUUGCCAAGUUCGUCCCCGACAAGACGUUCACUUUCUGUGGAACGCCUCUUUUUAUUGCUCCUGAAAUCGUCCUCAGUAAAGGACACGACAAGGGGGCUGAUAUUUGGUCGUAUGGAGUUCUCCUUUACGAGAUGAUGACCGGCGAGAAUCCCUUUUACACGAACGAAGACAUGGACCAGGUGGACUUGUUCAAGGCCAUUGUCAAGGGCAAGUACAGUUACCCACACGAUUCUAAAAUUAGCGACGCCGCCAAGGAUCUCAUUGACAAGAUUUUGGUGGGCGAUCCCAAGGUGAGACUGGGAUCUCGAAACGAUUUGGAAAUACGCAAUCACGCCUGGUUUGAGGGAUUCGACUUUGGAGCUCUCUACCGCAAGGAGUUGACUCCGGUCUGGACGCCCAAGAUCAAGAAUCCUUUCGAUGGCUCCAACUUUGGCGACUGGAGCGACGCUGAGAAGGAAGAAAAGGACUUCCAGCCUUUGAGUCACGAAGAGCAGCAGCUUUUUGCGGACUUUGGUCAAUGAAUGAAUGAAUGAAAGAAUGAAUAGACAGUGAACGAACAAUCUACGUGCUUUGGGAUGUUUCAGGGGCCAAACUACGUACGUCCCUUGACCCCAAAGCGCUAUCGGAGCAAGUUGCGCUGGUUGUAGGUUUGGCUAUGGAGGAACGAAUGCAGUUUCUUCUGGCAUCGCCUCUUUGAUAUCAAUAGCCUAGUCUACUGUUCCCCAAUUGUAGUUCAUAAGGACUAGUAGCUAUAAUGUAGCCUAAGCGCUCGUCGCGAACGGUAACGUUUGCCUCUGCCACUAGCUAGCUAGCUACUGGUAGCACGGUACGGUGCCGCUACUUGCUGGUACGCUGGUACAUUCUGACGUAACCGCCCAGUAACUUGCGGAUUUCCUGAAA